GGGGAUACGGGGGGGAUUAAGUGAUACGUAAAAAUAAUUAUUAAUAGUAACCGGCGAAAUUGAAAACCAAGUAAAGCCUCCGGGGUGAGCUUGCCUGGAGACGCCCACCAAGGCCACCCUUAUUGUUCUUCUCUUCUACCCUUGGGGACUGAAAAAGAGGCCUCAUCGUCGAGCCUCCGACUCUGCGACACGGUGUAACAUUCGUUUGUUUUCAUGCACACCGGGGUAUCAUACGAAAAACAAUGAAGAAAUUCGUUCUAUUUGCUCUCUGGAUGAUGGUGAAGGGUGCUGUGGCGGAGAGAGGUGAAUUUGGUGCCCGUGGUCUCGCUGAACCGGCGCUGUUAGAACGUCAAGCCACUUCGUCCAGUGCUACAACCACUUCCAGCGCUGCAUCGUCCACUUCUACGCCGUUUCUAGUGUUCGUUGGCAUCUCAAGUCUGACGACAUGUACUUCAGGGAGCGUCCGAUGGGUAUAUUCUGGUCCCGAUACUCCCUUGUCGCUCAUGAUAACGAACAUCAACGUUACGCAAACGGGUUCUUCAUCAGUGACCGCAUCUUCAUCUUCCACCACAGCAUUGUCUUCUACGGCAUCACGUAGCCCCAUCACGGACCUUACGGCUCGGGCUAUCCCCACUUAUCUCACUGUUUCUGCUGGUGAUGAUACCAAUACCUCCGACGACGGCUUUGUCAAGAUUAUCACAACAAGUGCUGAUCCCAGCAAUGAUUUAUUCACCUGGGACAAGGUUGAUGUUCCGCAGGGAUGGUACAAAAUCUGGGCCUCCAUGGAGGCUUACCCGGAUUUUAGCCAGGCCACAAGUUCCGAUUACUUCGUCACUAACGGGUCCGACAUCUCCUGUCUUUUGAGUUCUGGCGGAUCGUCAUCGUCAUCCACUUUUAUGAGCAGCACGAUGUCCUCUACCAGCAGCCCGUCCGCCACUGCCAUCGUAGGUGCCGUAUCUUCCGUCAACAAGGGCGCCAUUGCCGGCGGUGUUGUGGGAGGCGUUGCUUUACUCUCCGCAGUGCUCGCCGCCCUCGUCUACUUCCUAUGUGCCUCUCAACGCCGCCGCCGCACCGCCACCCUCGAUCCUUCUAAUGGUGGGACCGUAGGUAGAUGGGGAACCCUCGGCUCCUUCGACUCUACCCAUAGCAGUAAAUCCCAACACGCCAAGGCGACAAAGCAAAAGGCCAAGAAGUACAACGGUGCUGGGGUUGUCGGAAUGGGCGGGUAUGACGCUGAAGCAAAUGGAAGAGUCGAGAGGCAUCAUUCGCAAGCGGAUUCGCUGGGCCCCAUCGUCUCUUAUGGACACGCUAUAACCGAGAGUCCCGUCUCAGAAGAGACCUUCAACCCUUACGCCUCGUAUGAGGAUAAAUAUUCUUCGCGCUUCCCAGCGUCUCUUUCAGAGGAGAACGGGGAAGAGCUGGUCAUGACUCAUACAGUGGGCUAUAGCCCGCGCCUACCGCACGCCGGCCGCCAAUCAACAUCCUCCAUCGAGUCCUACGUCCUGAAUAACAACUUCAGUCGACCUCGAAGCCAAACCCAGACUCAGAGGAUGCCGCCCUCACCACAGCAGGCCUACCCUGAAUCGCCCUCGACGAGCAGCGUACUCACUCCGGACAGCCGUCGCUUCUCAUCACCAGUCCUGCCUAUGGAUGAUGGCGUUUUUGUUGGGUACCAACAACAGCAACAACAACAAAGUCCUCGACAAACGCCCCGUCGGAUGCCUCGCAAGCCUGUCCCAUCAUACAAUCCCACGGAUCUGCCGGAACCUCUCCCAGCACAUCUACAUUCCUCGAUGACGAGCCUCCCUCAUACUCCCUCGCCCGCACAUUCAGUCCACUCCCUCGUUCUGACGGAAGAUGUCCAUCAGCUGAUACAUAAGGGCAGCUUCUCAGAUGGAAGACCCGUGCAUGUGCUCAUGCCUGAUUUGCCGCCUCCACAACGGAUUUAGGGAGCAUUCUUCCUGUGCCACGGUCUAAAACCCCCAUUCCGAAGCUUCCCACCCCUUCUAUGUAUUCAUCUAACGUUUAAGACUUAUUUCACUUGCUCACGCUCCAUUGCUUGUAACAUUUUCGCACGCACUAUUUCUUCACGGUUUUUCUCUUUUUCUUUGUCAUGGAUGGAUACAACUGUGUUGGCAUGGUAAAGAUCUGGCAUUGUUACCUAGCAUUGGCUUUCUACGACUUUUCGUGUAUGUUCCUUGUUGACUAUAAUGUGCCUCCCGUUCUAUAUAUCUUGCCCCAUUUUCAUGUGUAGUCCUUAGUGUUGUUUUAAUAAGUUCAAAAGGCAAUGUAUUGUCGUAAUACCACAGCAUAUACAAACGAAGUUGAAGACGAGUAAGAAUAAGAAUAGCA